GAAAAUCCAUGGAGUGCAAAGGCGAGAGGAAAAAAUCCAUCACCUCUGUGACUGAAGCGAAGUGAGAGCAGGUCCAGAUCUGCAGAUUCAUUCCAAUUAAGGACUGGAAGCAACCGGCUCCGGUAUUACCGGGCAAACGUCCGUCAGCACCAAUUUCCCGAGCGGUCCGGCGUCUUUCUCCUAAAACGCCCAGGGAAGUCUUCUCCUGGUGCCACCCUGGCGAUGCUUCCAUUCAUCCCCCGCCUCCUCCUCUUCCUCCUGCUGGCCGGCCCAGCCCUCCUGACCCCGUCGACCUCCACAGAGCUACAGUUAGGGGGUCAAAGGACACCAAGGGACACCAAGCAGGACUCCUUCAAGGUGGUCAUCUCAGAGGGCUGUGCCACUCAGGGUGAUGCAUCUGAUGGGAGUAAAGGAGGUAAAGAAAUUGACCUGGUACCUGGUUCUCCUCUGGUUCUGACCCAUAAGAUCAAACUGGUUCCCUCAGAUUCAGCGUCUGGAUCUGCAUCAUGUGGGUGCGACGCCGACUUUGCGCCGCUGCGGGAGCGUCUGGAGAGGCUGGAGAGGGAGGUGUCAGCCCUCCGGGAGACGUGUGGAGGGGCUGAAGGAAACUGCUGCAGCUCCAACGAAAGCAAAGGUGCAGCAUGCUCCAUCAAACCAGAGACCAAGGAGUGCCCCAAUGAGUGCAGUGAUCAGGGUCGCUGUGAGGAUGGCAAGUGUGCCUGCUUUCCUGGAUUCACCGGGCCGGACUGCAGCCAAUCCAACUGUCCCGGGGACUGCAGCAACAAUGGGAAGUGUGUGAAUGGACAGUGCGUGUGCGAUCCUGGUUUCACCGGUCCUGACUGCUCCCUGAAAGCCUGCCCUGAUAACUGCAACAAUCACGGCAGGUGCGUGAACGGCAAGUGUGUGUGCAACAGUGGCUUUACAGGUCCCAGCUGCUCCGAUAAAUCCUGUCCCGGAAAUUGCAAAAAAAGGGGGCUCUGCGUUAACGGACAGUGUGUGUGCAAUCCCGGUUUCACCGGUCAUGACUGCUCCCUGAGAUCCUGCCCCGAUAACUGCAACAAUCAAGGCAGGUGUGUGAACGGCAAGUGUGUGUGCAACAGUGGCUUCACUGGUCCUAGCUGCUUAAACAAAUCCUGCCCCAGCAACUGCAACAGGAGGGGGCGCUGCAAUAACGGACAGUGUGUGUGUAAUCCUGGAUUCGCUGGGCCAGACUGUUUAAAGAGGACAUGCCCAGACAACUGCAAUGACCAUGGGAGGUGUGUUAACGGUAAAUGUGUAUGCAACAGUGGCUUUACCGGUGCAGAUUGCUCUGAGGCAGUCUGUCCUGAAAACUGCAACAACAGGGGGCGCUGUGUGAAUGGACAGUGUGUUUGUGAGGAUGGAUUCACAGGACCAGACUGCUCUGAAAAAACCUGUCUUAACAGCUGUAACAACAGGGGGCGCUGUGUAGAUGGACAGUGUGUUUGUGAUGAUGGAUUCACUGGUGCAGACUGCAGUGCUAAAGGCUGCCCCAACAACUGCGACAACAGGGGGCGCUGUGUGAAUGGACAGUGUGUUUGUGAUGAUGGAUUUACUGGCGAGGAUUGCUCUGAAAGAACAUGCCCAAAUGACUGCAACGACCGUGGCAGGUGUGUUAACGGUAAAUGCAUAUGUGACAGCGGCUUCACAGGUGACGACUGCUCUGAAAACACCUGCCCCAACAACUGCAACAACAGGGGGCGCUGUGUGAAUGGACAGUGUGUUUGUGAGGAUGGAUUCACUGGUGCAGACUGCAGUGCUAAAGGCUGCCCCAACAGCUGCAACAACAGGGGGCGCUGCUUCAGAGGGAACUGCGUGUGUCGUCGGGGAUUCACAGGACCAGACUGCAGCCAGUGUCAGGAGGGGAUGACUGGGCCCAACUGUGAUGUUGUCAUGUCUGGUGUUCCCCGGCUGAGCACUCAGGACAUCACAGACACGUCAGUCGCUUUGGUUUGGACUCCGCCUCCUGUCCAGUAUGAGACCUACUACAUCACCUUCACCAGCCAGAAGGAGAGCGACCAGCAGAUAACUGUGCAGGUGGAAGGCAGCCUGACCACCUACACCCAGACGGGCCUGGCGGCCGGUCAGGAUUACAGAGUCAGCAUCGUGGGAGAGAUCGAUGGCAGGAGAGGAGGCGAGAGCACCGCUGAAUUCAUGACACUCAUUUCUGGUCCCACCGACCUCAAAGUUGUCAAGAUGUCGUCCUCGUCUGCGGUAGUCCAAUGGGAGCCGACAGUGGGGGAGAUUGACAGGUACCGUCUCACCAUAACACCCAAUGAUGGAGCAGGGAGGAGUCAAGAAAUGACCAUCCCAGCUGACCAGAACUCCGCACAGAUCCAGCAGCUGGAGGCGGGGCGUUUGUAUGACAUCCUGCUCGUGGCAGAGAAAGGCGCGAGCCGGAGCGCUCCAGAGACCACCCAGGUCGUCCCUGGACCCGAGCCUCCCUCUAACAUAGUCUUCAGUAAGGUGACGGACAACUCUGUGACGGUGUCGUGGACCAAACCAAAGAGUAACGUCAGCGGUUUCAAAGUCACAUAUACCCAUGCAGAGGAUGGCGAGCCGGUGUCGGUGUCUCUGGACUCAAAGGACUCCACCGUGGGUUUAUCCAAGCUCUCACCUGGUUCUUCUUACGAGGUCACCGUCAUCUCCACCCUCGGACUGGACGAGAGUGAUCCAGUGAAAGACUUUGUCAUGACGCUCCCCGACCCGCCGACACACCUGCGUGCCGUAAACGUCACCGACUCCACCGCCCUGUUAUUGUGGCGUCCAGCACUGGCAGCCGUUGAUAAGUAUUCCAUUGUCUACGGCGCGGGCACAGGUUCAGAGGUGAAGGUCACGGUGUCCGGAAACGCAGCAGAGCAGCAGCUCGGCGGUCUGGAGGGAUCCACCACCUACACCGUCACUGUAACCAGCCAGCUGGGCAGCCAGGAGAGCUUGCCGGCCACCACCAGCUUCACCACCACUGGCGGUUCGGGGAAAGUUGGGGAAGGCCCGCAAGACCUCCAGGCGAGCAACGUGACUCCACGCACUGCCACGUUGUCAUGGAAACCUCCAUCAAAGCCUGUUGGUAACUACAGACUGAGCUAUCGGGCUAAAGACAAAGAAAUGAAGGAGGUCAUUGUGGACGGCUCGUUAACGCAGUACAACCUGACUAGACUCCAUCCUGGAUCCACGUAUACGCUGCAGCUCCAGGCCGAAGAAGGAGGACAGUACACAUCCGCCAUCUCCACAGAAUUCACCACCGGAACCCUGCGGUACCCGUUCCCCACUGACUGCUCUCAGGAGCUGCUGAACGGCAUCAUGACUUCAGGCGAGGCAGAGAUUUUCCCUCAAGGCAGACACGGGACGCCAGUGACAGUUUCCUGCGACAUGGAGACAGACGGUGGCGGCUGGACGGUCUUCCAGCGGAGGAAGGACGGCUCUGAGAAUUUCUUCAGACGCUGGAACGAGUACAUCGAAGGAUUCGGGGACGUGAAUGGAGAGUUUUGGCUCGGACUCGCCAGUAUCCACAACCUCACAGCGAUGAGCAGGAUGAGCCUGCGGGUCGACCUGCGAGACGGCGACGAGUCGGUGUUCGCUCAGUACUCGAUGUUCGAGGUGGCCAAGAGGAACUACAAACUGACUGUGGGAGGAUACAGCGGCACCGCAGGUGACUCUCUCAGUUACCACAACAACCGGAUCUUUUCCACCAAAGACCGAGACCUGGCGCCCUUCAUCACCCGCUGCGCCAUGUCUUAUCGAGGAGGCUGGUGGUACAAGAACUGCCACGAGGCGAACCUCAACGGCCUCUACGGCGUCAACACCAAACACCAGGGUGUGAUCUGGACCACCUGGAAAGGAAAAGACUUUUCUGUCCCGUUCACUGAGAUGAAGAUGAGACCGGCAGCCUUCAGGCCUCCGUCCCGAGGAUGAGCGUGAGAGAGGCUGAUGAUGAUGAUGAACUGCUAAACACACAUGCUCAGUGUGUUACAUGUGUGAACACACACAUUGAAACGGGGAGCUCGAGCUCCUGUUAGAAGAUUUGUAUAGAGUCAGUUAUCAUUAUGUUACUGCAGAUUGUACAGGUUCCUCUUUUUCGCCAGUAUUUGAAAGCGGAGCGUCUUCCUCCAUAUUUAAAGGCUCAGUUCACACAAGUUACAUCACAGCUGGGGUCCAGUUAGACAGGUCUGGUUUCACAUGCAGAUACUCUGAUCAAACUAGAGGACCUCGUGGCUCCUGAUCCAAAGCAGACUGUGAGCAAACCUUCAGCGAAGCUUUCAGAGGCAAUAAACGUCACACACGCUAAAAAAUAACUCAAAACCCUCUUAGAAAGAUUACCGGUACCAGUAAGUGCUCGGCUCAGUCAGAUCCGAUGGAUAUGAGCGACACACAGACCAGAAACGCAGCUCACACGUGACUUCCUGGUUUUUCCAUCACUGUGUGCCUCAAAUUUGAAAAAUAAAUAAGAAUAAAAACUUUUUCAAGGACAAAAUGAUCCAAAAAACAUUUUAGUGUUUCAGAUCAGAUCACAGUGAAAUGUAAUCAGGCACAGGUCUUGCUUCUGAUUUAAGACCCUUAGAAGCUCGUUUAGCAGCAGCCCCACUUUAAAGCUCAGCAGCGCCCCCCAGUGUUCACUCUCUGUGAGGGUCCUCAGGUGCACUGUGGCCCCGCAGUAAAUGGAGACGGGUGAGUGAACGAGAGUCAUGUCUGUGCUCUGUCUCCUUCUCGUUCUGUUAACAAAUCUGUUUUAUUCCAUGUAUAAAGCCUCCCAAUGACUUCAAUAAUAAAACAAGUGAAACUAAA